AUGGCCUCGCCCGUGGGGUCGGAGUGGAGACGGCGACUGCCCAAGGUGGCGGAACUCAACCCCUGCCCCCAUGUGGCUCUUCAGCUGCCCCCAUGUGGCUCUUCAGCUGCCCCCAUGUGGCUCUUCAGCUGCCCCCAUGUGGCUCUUCAGCUGCCCCCUUGUGACUCUUCAGCUGCCCCCAUGUGGCUCUUCAGCUGCCCCCUUGUGGUUCUUCAGCUGCCCCCUUCUGCCCCCUUGUGGCUCUUCAGCUGCCCCCAUGUGGCUCUUCAGCUGCCCCCAUGUGACUCUUCAGCUGCCCCCAUGUGGCUCUUCAGCUGCCCCCAUGUGACUCUUCAGCUGCCCCCAACUGCCCCCAUGUGGCUCUUCAGCUGCACCCUUGUGGCUCUUCAGCUGCCCCCAUGUGACUCUUCAGCUGCCCCCAUAUGGCUCUUCAGCUGCCCCCUUGUGGCUCUUCAGCUGCCCCCAUCUGCCCCCAAGUGGCUAUUCAGCUGCCCCCAUGUGGCUAUUCAGCUGCCCCCUUGUGGCUCUUCAGCUGCCCCCAAGUGGCUAUUCAGCUGCCCCCAUGUGGCUCUUCAGCUGCCCCCAUGCGGCUCUUCAGCUGCCCCCAUGUGGCUCUUCAGCUGCCCCCAUGUGGCUAUUCAGCUGCCCCCUUGUGGCUCUUCAGCUGCCCCCAUGUGGCUCUUCAGCUGCCCCCUUGUGGCUCUUCAGCUGCCCCCUUGUGGCUCUUCAGCUGCCCCCAUGUGGCUAUUCAGCUGCCCCCUUGUGGCUCUUCAGCUGCCCCCUUGUGGCUCUUCAGCUGCCCCCAUGUGGCUCUUCAGCUGCCCCCAUGCGGCUCUUCAGCUGCCCCCAUGUGGCUCUUCAGCUGCCCCCAUGUGGCUAUUCAGCUGCCCCCUUGUGGCUCUUCAGCUGCCCCCAUCGGCGCUGUUGGUGGCGCAGCGGCCCCUAGCGGCUGCCCAGCGGCAGCGCAGCGCCCCGGGCACGGCUGGAGGAGGCUGCCCGGGGGUGGGUUGCGGGCACGCGUCUAUAGGGGGUUGGGAGACCGAGUUCCCCAACCCCGGCCCCAGGUGGCAUGACCCCAACGUGGUGAGCUCCCUGCUCAAGUCCUUCCUGCAGAAGCUGCCAGACGCCCUGCUCACUGAAGGCAAGUACAAGGCCCUCAUCGAGGCGAACCAGAGGGCGCAGCCGGCGGAGAGACUGCGCGCCCUGCGGCAGCGGGUGCAGGAGAUGCCCGGCCACCACUACCACACGCUCAGGUUCCUGGCGAAACACCUGCAGAAGGUGGCCCAGCACGCACAGCACAACAAGAUGGACGCACACAACCUGGCGAUCGUGUUCGGCCAGACCGUCCUGCGCCCUCCGUGCGGCUCCCUCACCAAGCUCAUGGCCAACAUGGCCGAGCACAACCGCCUCGUGGAGUCGCUCAUACGACACUGCGACUGGUUCUUUUCAGAGAACUCCGAUCUUCCGACACCGGAUGACGAAGCGAAGGUGGCGGGCGAGGUGAAGGAGGAGGCGGGCGAGGUGAAGGAGGCUGCGGGCGAGGAAGGGAAAGAGGGCCUGGCGUCUCACGCGGAGUUCCCGGACGGCAUCCCGGGCACCGAGGGGAUCACCGACAGCGGCUCGGACGACACGGCAGGGGGCGAGGACACGACGGCACGAAGGAGAGACGUGCAGAGUGCGGGUGCGGCGCCCCCGCGGCCCCUCUCCCUCCUCUCUCCCAAGCGCAAGAAGAAGAGCUACGGCGGCACCGGUCACGGCAACGCUGGCGGCGCCGACGAGCCGGACACCGAGCGGUGGGCGGGCAACGAGAAGCGAUCCCGCGCCAGAGCCGGCUCCACCAUCACCGCCGCCGUCUCCUCGCGCUCCGCGGCCCCCGGCGGUGACCCCGCGCCGGCGCCGCCGCCCGCCCAGUUGACGGUGCGCGUGGCCGCGCGGGGGUCCGCCCGGGUGGCGUUGCCGCUACGCCUCUUCCCGUGCGGACCUCGCGGUCCCGCGCCCUUCGUCGCCGUUCCACUGCCGCUUCUGGAGGCCUCGGUGGGCUCCGCGGAUUCGCAGACGGCGGCGUCGGCCCCCUCCGCCGCCUUCCGCUGCCGCAUCGCCAUCGUCGUGGAGCCGCGCAUUGACACGGCGGCGGCAGAAGGAGGAGCGGUACGGGCCGACGAGACCGGGGCCCGGCAGGGCCAGCAGCAGGAGCAGCAGGGCACGGGCCGCUCGCGCGCCUUCAACGCGUUCCGCGUGAAGCACCGCGACACGCUGACGCGCAAGCGGCGCGAGCGGCACGCGCGCCUGCAGGUGUGCGUGAGCGCGCCGCCUGUGCCGUCGCAGCGGGGCGAGCGGCGGGGAGGGGCGCCGUGGGGAGUAGGCGGGGAGGAGAGGGGCGACGCGGGGGGAGAGGCGACCCGGCGGGAGAGGCCCCCGCGAUGGUCGGCCGCCUGUCUCGCCCCGGUAACCGAUGACCCCCGCGACCCACCCGAGGUAUCCGCAGCCCAGCCCGAGCCCAGUGUUGUCGGCGGCAGCGGCAGCAAAAGCAGGAGGAGGAGGGAGUUCAGGCUGAGCCGGAGCAUAAAGACGCUGUAAGUGCCACUCCCAAGGGCACCAGCUCGGGGGAAUUUGGCAAUGGGAGUUGCAGCUGAACCGAAGGUCGCAUGGAAGAGGUGAUCGUGUCCAGUGAUGUGGAGGCCACCACUCCUCCCCCCGCCGCAAGAUUGUGCAGCUGCCACAGACAACAUGAGGGUUGCCACUUGUCCGGGUUUGAAUUGGCACGGAGAUUUGGUUGCGGGAAUCGAGUUGAACUUUAUUACAGCACAGUGCACAGUUUUGAUAAAUAAUUAGACCCAAAGCCGACUGACAAACAUGUCCGGGUUUUGUAUCCGGAAACUGUGGCAACACGAGUCAAUGCCCAGUCUCUGAUGUCCACUCCUACAAUCGCAACACCACUCAUUAUCUGGCGGCUUCAGAUUUUACCCUCCCUUGAUCGCCAGAAGCUCUGGGUGCCACUUCUCUGUUGGACUCGGAAACCUGGCCUCCUCUUCCUCCUACACCCUGCACACGCGUGCCUCCCACUACGUACAACAUCCCACUCCUGAUCACAUUCACAGCGCUUUUGUUGCCAAGAUUUAUAUUGAAGUUGAGAGUUGCUUUUACCCUAUUCUGCUGUAACGAAAUGUCAGACCUCCACAUGCACCUGUGCCGAAAAGCCAGCAGCGUCUGCCACUUGGCCACACGAACCAACGCAGAUCAAACUCUCAACCACUGCAGAGGAACUUCUCAACAAGCCACUACAGAUCGACCUCUCAACCAACCACCAAAUUACCUCUCACAAACAUCACCAGGCAGUCUAAAUUUGAAGUUUUCGUGACUGCAGGGAUCCAUACUCUUUGGUUCUUUCGGUAAAGUCUCAUUAGUAUAAAAUACAUUAAAUCACGUUUCGGGCGCAGCACAAGCGUCUGUCAUCAGGUGGAACCACAGCAAGAAACAAUUGCUGAAGUGGGAAAAAGGGCUGCUUGAAACAAGAGGCCAUAUAGGUAAGAGAGGGGGGAGGAACCAGGGAGGAGAGAUAGAGAGGAUGGGGGUGCGGGUUAGGGAGAGUGGGGAGCUGCAAGCACGACAAAAUGCCGGGGCUGGGAAGUGAGCGGGACUGGGGGUAGUAGGCUGAAGAAACUGGAGAUGCGGAUAUGAAGGCAAACUAUAAAGCAGUUAAGGUUUUACCUGGUUAAUAACAUCCUUCCAGCCCCGGCAUAUUGUCGUGCUUGCUCCCCACUCUCCCUACCCCCCCCCCUCUCUCUCUCUCCCCCCUUGCUCCUCCCCCUCUCUUACCUAUAUGGCCUCUUGUUACAGCAGCCCUUUUGCCCACUUCAGCAAUUGUUUAUUGCUGUGGUUGUCCCACCUGAUGACGGACGCUUGUGUUGCGCCCAAAACGUCGUGAUUUAAUUUAUUUUAUACCUACGUGACUUUACCGAAAGAACCAAAGAGUAUCACCAGGCAGAUGUAGCAGAACAAAAUACAUGUGGGGGUGGGGGGCAGGGUAUGAAGAGUGACAAGAUGAGAGGCAAUACAACGCAUAGACAAGGCGAACGACAUACACCAAGACAAGUAGACCGACAGAGACACGGAAUGAGACGGAUGUUAUGGGGGGUAGGAGGUGCACUUGGUCAACCUUAACUACAGGUUCCGCCAUAUCUAUCACAUCAACUCACUCCCAUCCACCACUUCCAACUCUCUCCUCGGCUACUGUCACACGCAACUCUCACGUCCGGUGGUUGGUAGCGGUCAUCGCGAGGGGAUCGCCGCGUUCUUCAAUUAAUCGGAACGAAAGCAAACACCGAUGUAUACACAACUCGGCCGCAUAUUGUAUUUGCUUGUUCGUGCGCGCUGUAUAUGCGAGGAGCGCUGUGCGUUAUAGGGCCUGUCGGCUCACUUAUAUAUCAAUAAAUCUACGUUUUAUUUAACCAG